AUUUGCAUAAAGUACCCGCAUGUCCCGACCCCUCCCUCAUCGCUCCAGCAUGGCCGACGAAUCCGAUAGUACACAUGGAGGUCCGAACAGCACGAAAAGAGACGGUCCCAAAGGCGGAGAAGAUGAUUUCGUGCCUUCAAAGCUUGGAACAAAGCAGUACUGGGAUGAAGCAUACCAAACGGAAUUGGAGACAUUCAGAGACAUUGGAGAUGUAGGUGAGAUAUGGUUUGGUGAACAGAGCAUGGGUCGUGUGAUUCGGUGGAUGGAGAAAGCAGAGAUCCCCAAAAACGCUUCUAUUCUGGAUAUUGGGACUGGAAAUGGAGUCCUUCUAGUUGAACUGGCUAAAGAAGGAUAUACAAACCUUACAGGAAUAGAUUAUUCAGCAGCAUCAGUGGCCUUGGCAAAGGAUGUACUUCAGGCUGAAGAUUUAAACAAUAUAUCUGUGAAGGAGGUGGACUUCUUGAGUGGUUCCGGGGAAUUGAAGGACUUUGACGUGUGUGUCGACAAAGGAACAUUUGAUGCAAUAAGCCUGAACCCAGAGAACACCAAUGAGGUCAGGAUACGCUAUGUCCAAGCUCUAGGUGAUGCGCUGAAGGAGGGGGGAUAUUUUGUCAUUACCUCCUGUAACUGGACAAAGGAGCAACUGCUACAUAGGUUCUGUUCAGGGUUUGAAUUUGUUCAACAGUUGCCCACACCCAGCAUUCAGUUUGGAGGCAAGACCGGUAACAAUGUAACUGCACUUAUUUUCAAGCGACUGCAUUGACUCACACCAUUCACUGCCCCAUUCAGUUCUUAGUUUCAAUGAUGGUCUUUUUAGAAAAAAAAGUGCUUUUAAUAAAUGAAAUGCAUUAUUUUUGUAA